GCUUUUCCAGCAACACAUUUUCAGCUCUGAUCUCCAGCAUCUGCAGACCUCAGAGUGUAGCGGGGUCAAGAAGAACGGGAGGGAGACAAUUCAGACAGAACUGGGCUGCAAAAAGUUUCAGAGUGAUGUUGGCAGGUGCAUUGGGGGUUGGUCACUUGUUUCAGAUUAGAAUUGGGAAGUUUGUUGCUCCAAAAAAAAGAAACUUACUUUAAAUAAACUCUGAUGCCUAAGUGGAGUUGCUACAGAGACAAAACUGACCUAUCUUAAUGGUAUCCGGUUGCUAUAGUUUCUCGGCAGCUGUCCCACUUCCAAGGCACUGAGGGAGGCGUCAAUGUGACUGGCUAAUUCAUCCGUGAAACUUUGCCCUGGGCAGAGUUCGCCUGUCCUUUUUUAAACCUCCCGAGGGAUUUCCAACUUCAUUGUCGAGAAUGGAGCGGCUUCUCCUGCGCUGUUUGCCCUCUUUGCUGAGGCCAGCCUAUCGCCACGUCCAGCUUUUGCAGACUGUGUCUCGCUGCAGCUCCUCCUCGUCUCGGUUUAACGUGCCACCAAGCGCCGCCGAGAUCGCUCGGCCGGUGGGAAUUUGUUCCAUGAUGCGCCUCCCGGUGCAGGACUCCUCAGAGGGCCUGGAUGCUGCUUUUGUUGGGGUUCCUCUAGACAUCGGCACCUCGAACCGGCCCGGUGCCAGGUUUGGACCCCGACAUAUCCGAGCUGAGUCGGCCAUGGUCAGAGCCUACAAUAGUGGCACCAGGGCAGCUCCUUUUGAAUCUCUGAUGGUGGCUGAUAUCGGUGACGUCAGUGUGAAUCUUUAUGACCUGAAGGACAGCUGCAAGAUGAUCAGGAAAGCUUUCAAGAAGAUCGUGUCCACAGGCUGUAUACCUUUGACAUUGGGUGGUGAUCACACGAUAGCAUAUCCCAUAUUGCAGUCAGUGGCAGAAAAAUACGGUCCAGUAGGUUUGGUUCACGUUGAUGCACACGCUGACACAAGUGAUAUUGCCCUAGGAGAGAAGAUCUAUCAUGGAACUCCCUUCAGGCGCUGUGUGGAUGAGGGACUGCUCGAUUGUAAGCGUGUGGUACAGAUUGGGCUCCGCGGUUCUACUUACGAACCAGAUGGUUACCUUUGGAGCAAAGAACAAGGUUUUCGGGUGGUUACUGGAGAGGAUUGCUGGUUACAAUCCCUUGCUCCCCUUAUGAAGGAGGUGAGGCAGCAGAUGGGGAAUGGCCCUGUGUACAUUAGUUUUGAUAUUGAUGCCCUGGAUCCCGCCUUUGCUCCUGGUACUGGAACUCCAGAGAUUGCAGGUCUUCAACCCAGUCAGGCUUUGGAAAUCAUCCGGGGUUGUCGGGGAAUGAAAGUAGUCGGUUGUGACUUGGUUGAGGUUUCACCAAUAUACGAUACUUCUGGUAACACGGCUUUGACAGCUGCCAAUCUGCUCUUUGAGAUGCUCUGUGUUCUACCCAACGUUAAGUAUCACUAAGAUUUGUAUGGUGUUUAGGUUACAUUGCUAAUGUUAACUCACAUUGAUUAUCACUUGUUCUAAUAAUUUGAUAACUAACUGCUUUCUCACACAGUGCAACUAUUAUUGAAAAAGACUUAAAUGUCUUCUAUUAAUUCAAACUUUAAAGGAUUUGGAACGUGCAGUCUUUUACAUGCAAAAACCUCAGUUACAACUGGAUAUACUGUGUGAGAUAAUUUGCAGACAUCUAUACAUUGCAAGACAUUUCUUGAUUACAAUGAUAUUGUCUUAAUUGUUUUUAUUAAAAUUUGAAAAAUCCAUCUUAAAUCAGCCUAUUAAACUACAGCUGUUUCACAGCAUUCAUUGAGAAAUAUUUUGGGAUCUACACUGCCAAUUCCCUCCUUAUUGUAACUUUUGACUUUCAUAAUAUGAAUAAACAGUGAUGAUUUGUUACUGGGAUAGCUUGUAAUCAAGUGACUCUGAAAAUAAAUUAAUCUUUUUGGUCUUCA